AUGUCUACGCCUGAAAACAAGAUUGUACCUGCUGCGAGUCCUGGACGUCGCGCUGGGGUUCGAGGUCGCGGUCGAGGCGCGCGCCAAGUGUCAAGACCGCUCCAGCUGCCGGCGCCGCUGCCAGAGCCCGCGCAGGAUCCUGGAAUGUCGGCGAGAGUCGAGCAACAACUUGCGCUGGCGGAGUCGCCGCGUCCGACGUCGACGCAGUCCACACCACGGCGGUCUCCACGAGAGCUGGUCCCAAGAUCGACGCAGUCAAGUCCUGGUCGACCUACCUUUCGUGACGUUCCGGCGUUGCCUCAACCACCUCUGGAGUUAGCUCUCAGCCCCGCGGCUGAGAGUGCACUGGGAAAACGCGAUCACCUCGUGCUGCGAGGGCAUCACGAGACCACCACGGUCCCGGGUAACGGUGCACAUGUGCGUCUUGGGUUGGCCCCGGGAGCCCAAGUUCUUGGACCUGAGCUUCCUCCACCGCGUGGCCACGCGCUUCCGCGAGGAAGUCUCCCGGUGAUUCCCCGAGGAGUGAGUGGCGAAGUUGGAGGCGGAAGUGGACAACUGGUGUCGGUCGCCGAUGACGAAGCUCGUGCCUACGGCGUGGAACAGCUGAGGCGCUGGGUCGCCCUGCCUGGUGAAGUGAUCUCUCCGGUCGACAUAGUCUAUGACGAGGCCGAGGACGAGUACGACAUUCGCUAUCUGGGGCUUUUGAACGCUGGCCGCCUCUCGGAGUCUUGGAUCAAGAUGCUGUCGGUUCGACGCCGGCGUCAACCCUUGGUCACUGACCUGAGAGCGACCUCGGUGUCGCCGAAGCUGCCCCCGCAGCUGUCGUGUGUUGCGCUUCUCCAGACGAUGCUCAUGGAAGCUGGCUUCGAGUUCUGCAAUGUCGUUCCGAUAUGGAGCUCGAUUCCUGAAUUGGCCGCUGUCUCGGAGAACCAGAUUCGCCACGGAGUCGAAGAAGUUCAAGCGCGGGUUGCCGUGGAGUGCCUCGAGUGGAACAAGUUGAUGCGUGGUGUGGGGUUUCACAUUCGCCAGUCACUCGACCAACUGCCUGAAGUCCGCCCUGUGUCUCCGGCUGACAACCAAGCGCGUGACGAGGAAGGUGACAUCCUGAUGACCGACGACACAGUGGAGCUCUUGGGGCUUCAGUUGCCACCGCCUCAAUCUCCGGCCCUUUCGGUCACGGGACCUCUGGUUCCGGUCAUGGGUAUGGAGACGAUGGCGCGUGAAGACUCAGUUCCCAGUGUGGUGGGCCCCAGUGGUGAUUCGGACCAGUCGAUGCAUGCGGGUGAGGCGACGGACCUGUCUGGGCAUAGUUCCUCGGGGUCGUCAUUCUUGUCUGCAGCCGACAUGGCAGGGAGUGCUCUGAGCCAUAUGCCAGGUCCCAGUGCUGUGGCCAUGGUGAUGAUCGCGCAGACCAGCAGUGCUGCAGCCGCCGACCCGCAAGGAUUCGGUGUCUCGGUUCCUGUAGCCGCAUACCGCGUUCACCCGAAGUGCCUCAGCGACAAAACUCGUCAGUGA